AUGAAAAAAGUAAUAUUUUACUUUUUUUGUUUCUUCUUAUUUUUAAAAGUUAAUUCUAUUCGACUUAACGUACCCAGAAUUUUACUACCAUAUCAUCCCGAAGUUCAGUCUGUUUUUUUACUUUCUGUAUCUAAUCCUGAGGGUCAUUGUUUUAAAUGGCGAUCAACUAGAAAUGAAAUUGUAUCAGUAGAACCUAUUUUUGACAGUCCUGGAUGUUCUACCUCAGCAAAAAUUGUAUCACGUUCUCAUUAUCAAGCAAAACAAACAGCUAUUGUAUUUGCUGAAAAUAUUGAAUCUAACAUCUUGUUAAAUUGUGAUGUAGCUGUUGAUACAGUAGAUAAGAUAUUUAUAACAACUAAUGCAAAACUUUUAUUUAUUGAAGCAUCUCCAUCUCAGGUGUAUGUUGAAGCUGAAAAUAAGGAAGGUGAACGUUUUUCUUCACUUUCAAAUAUUCCUUUUGAAUGGUCUAUAAAUUCUGUUGAAGGUCGACCUUUACGUAUAAUACCAUAUUCACGUUCAAAGUAUGAUGCACCAUAUUGUAUAAGUGAGCUUGAACAAAAGAAAAAGAAAGGUUACGUUAUUUUAGUAGAAGGUCUUUCAACAGGAACAGCUACAUUAGAUGUUAAAUUUGAAGAUAAACAUUUUAAUAAUGUUUCACCAGCUUCUAUUACUUUUAAUGUUGUAGCAAAUCUUUUACUAAUUCCUUCUAAUGAUAUCUACAUGACAAUAAAUUCACAAAUUGAAUAUAUGGCAGGUAUAGUAAAACAACAAGGAAUGGAGAAAAUUAACUUACCAUCUGAACAAUAUUAUUUAAAAUUAGAAGAUGAUAAUAUUGUUAAAUUUAAACAAGGAACAUCUAAAAUAAUUGCUAAGAAAUUGGGACAAUCUGAGGUUAUCCUCAUUGAUUCUUUUUUGAAGCAUGAAGGAGAAAGUAUUAAACGUGAAUCUGCUCAUAUAUAUGUUGUACAACCUGACUCUAUCAUUUUCACCAAUAAUAGAAAUAAUGAUAAUUGGUAUCUUCAAAUUGGUGAUACAGUUGAAAUUUCUAUAGGUUUAACAGAUGCUUCAGGAAAUCAUAUUUAUAUUACAAAUGAAAUGCAAUUUAAUACAAAUUUUCCAAGUGAUUAUUUUGAAAUUUUAUCUAUAUCUAAAAAUCAUACAUCUGCUGUAGUUAAGAUAUUGCAAAUUGGUGAAACUUUUAUACAUUCAUCUUAUGAAUCUAUUAUGGAUGUUGAAACUGGAAAAUUAAUAAAAUUAUCUCCUAGUAUCAGAGGAACACAAAAAGUUUUUGUAGUAGAUAAAGUUUCUAUAAUUCCAUCAGAAAUUAUAGUUCCUUACCUCCCAACUAUGAGAUCUAUAUAUCAAUUAAAAGCUGUUGGUGGUAGUGGAAGUUAUAUAUGGUAUUCAAAAGAUUCAAAUGUUGGAAAAAUUGGUCUUAAUGAUGGUGUUUUAUCUAUUUAUGAUUAUGGAGAAUCUAAGAUAGAAGUCUUCGAUACACAAAAUAAAUUAAAUAAAGCUGAAGCUUCUUUGACUAUUUUAAAACCAAAUGUUUUGGAGUUUGGCAAAAGUUUUCUUGAAGCAGAAGUAGGAAGUGAUAUAGUUUUAAAUGUCGAACUUGGUCAUGAAUCUAGUAGUGGUGAAAAAAUUUUGUUUACAGAUUGCAGUUCAGUUCCUUUUACUGUAUCAAUUUCAGAUACAAAAAUUUUUAGAAUUAUUGAUGUAGAUAAGUCUAUUAAAAAGAUAGGAUGCCAUCAGAUAGCAUUGAAGGCUAUUGCAUUGGGAGAUACAAAAAUAUCAGUUUAUUUUAAUGGUCUCUCUAUCUCAAAAGAUAUAUCCAGUUACUAUCCUGUAAAGCCAUCAAAAAGACAAUUAUUAUUGGCACUUGGAAGUUUUCAUUCUUUAGAUUUCUCUGAAGGUCCACGCCCAUGGAUUAAUGAUCAAAGUCAAUUUUUCACUGAUGUUAUAUCAAAUGAUAACAAUAUAUCAAUUAAGAAGUCAGGAAAUAAAUUUUACGUUUAUUGUGGAGAUUCUGUUUCAUCUUCAGUGGUUACAAUUAAUGUUGGUAAUAGGAAAUCAGAAACUAACACAAUACCUAAAGUUUCUACAGUUACAGUUAAUGUCUGUUGCUCAAUUCCCAAAAGAUUAGGAAUUAAUAUGAAUGUAAAUAAUGGUAGAGAUUCAAAUCAUUUCUUACCUGAAUGUCCAAAACAAUCUCUUACUAUUUAUAUGGAUUCAAAAAAUGAAUUAAUUACUUCAGCAUUUGGGUCUUGUAUUGAUUCUAUUGAUGAUAUUGAGAGACACUUUGACUCAUCUGAUUCAAUGAAUAUAGUAUGGAGCAGUUCAAACAAACGUGUACUUGAAUUACAUCCAGCAAAAACUAAUAGAAUCGUGGCUACAGCUAUAUCAAAAUCUAUUACAGGACAGAUUGAUGUUACUGCAAGUUUUUCUUCAUUUAGAAAUAUCUUCAAAAACAAUGAAAAAAUACUUAUAUCGUAUGAUGUUUCUGCCACUGUUUCAUUAAAUGUAGUAAAUUAUGUCAAAGCAUCUCCAAGUAAAUUAGUUUUGUGGAAUGAAGUUGAUGACAAAGGUGUAAUAGAUUUAGUUGGUGGAUCGGGACAUUUUUACUUCUCAACUGAUAAGUCAUCUAAUCUUAAUGUUAAACUUCUUUCGGCAGAUUUUAAGGUUGAAGUUUAUCCUCAACAUAGAGGUAUUAAUACAAUUACAAUCUAUGAUAUUUGUAUAUUAAAUAGCAAAGUUGACAUAGUUGUUAAGGUAUCUGAAACUAGUAAAUUAGUUAUAAAGUCAUUACCAUCUGUUGAAAUUGGUUCAGAAAUACCAGUAGAUAUAAAAUUUUUAAGUUCAGAUAAUGAAGAAUUUGACAAUGUUAAUGUUUCUCAAAUGGAUGUAAAAAUGUUGGAAAAUAAUAAUUUUGGAAGAUUAAAUUUAAUAGGAUUCAAUAGAUACACUGUAACUGGUAUGAAGUAUGGAAUUUAUACAUUAACAGCAACAACAAAAAAUAAGAAGAAUAAAAUAAUAACUAGUGACCCUUACAAUAUUCAAAUUUUUUCACCAAUGGAAUUAUCUCCAAAAGUAGUCACACUUUUAACAGAGUCUCAUUUUCAAUUUGAAUUUGUUGGUGGACCAACACCACUUCCUGAAGUCAAGUUUGAUCUUUCAAAUAAUAAUAUUGCAGAUAUUGACUCUAAUGGAUUAAUUCUUACAAAGAAAACCAUUGGUGAAUCUUAUGUUAAAAUAAUUUCUCUAAAUAACCAGUUUAAAUCAUCAUUGGAGCAGGUACUUUUAAAAGUUGUUUCAUUGAAAGGUAUUAAAAUUGAAUUAUCUUCAAAUUCUCCAUAUGUUGGUGAGGUUAUAUUUGCAACAAUUUAUGGAGUUGGAGAUAAUGAAUCACCGUUUUCAUUUGGUGGUGCAAUAUACCCAUUAAAUGUGGAAUGGAAAUUUAGCAAAAAUCAAGACAUUGAAGUUAUUCCUGUACAAAGUGAAAAUCCUGAUGACAUACUGACAAACAAAUUUUCAGUUAAAUUUAAAGUUUUUAAAGAGGGUGAAUUGAAUAUUCAUGCCACUGUGACAAGACAUCCAAAUUCAUACAAACAUUUUUCAACUUCAGGAAAUCAACUAAAAGCAUCUACAAGAAUUGAAGUGUAUGAACAAAUUAAACUUGUACCCUCAAUUGUAUCAUCAGAUGCAAUUGUUAUUUCUCCAAGAUCCAGUUUGAAAUUAAAAAUAAACAAAGAUAAUUCACAUGUUAAAUUUUCAGUACCACUUCAUAGUGAUUUAAUUUCAUUUGUCAAAGGAGAUGAAAUUAAGGCUUUAGACAAAAUUGGCACAGCUGCAUUAAAGAUUGAAUAUUCUUCACCAAUGGAAACAAAGACUAUUUAUGAAAGUAUUGAUAUUGCAACUCCUACUACAUUAUAUGCUGAUGUUGAAUCACCAUUUGAUAGUAAAUUAAUUAACAAAGAACUUAAAAUGCCACAGGGUGCAUCCGUGAAAAUUAUAUCAAAGUACUUAGAUUCCUAUGGAAGAGUUUUUUCUUCUCAUGAUGGUGAUGUUGGACUUCGUCCUCAUCGUUUUGAUUUUACUCAAAUUGAAAGAAAUGAUGAUUUUUCAUUUAAUGUUAAACUUGCUAGAGCUGGAGAAACUAUUAUAAAAAUUUCUGAUAACAAAGUAUCAAGUUUAACAGAUUUUAUUAAAAUUACUGCUUUUGAUAUUAUUUUACCUGUUUUGCGUAGAUUUACUUCAAGUGAUAUUGUCUGUUUCAGUCUACCUGAUGGAUAUAUUUAUAAUAGUCAAAAUUCAAAUAUUUGGAGCAGUGAUAAUGAUAAUGUAGCAUCUUUUGAUACUUUUUCACAAAAUAAUGGUCGUUUUAUAAUGAAAAAUAAGGGAUAUGCUAAUAUUUUUGUAAACAUUUUACCUGGUAACAUCUCAACAUUUGCUUCAAUAGAAGUCAAUGAUGCUGAUUCAAUAAGUUUUAUUUCAUCACCAAGUUAUAUUUCUAACUUUGACAAUGCGAGAUACAUUUUUAAUUUUGUUUUCAUGACAACGGAUACUACAAAAACAACAAAUACUCAUUCUUGUAGCGUAUCUGAUUUGAAAUCUAUGAAUAAAAUAAUACCAACAUUUGAAUGUAAAAUUCGUUUUACUAAACCACAGUCAUCAAACAUACCAAUCUCAGAAUUAUUUUAUGUCAAUAGCAUAUUUGAUACAGAUUCAGGUUUUUAUGCUUGUGAAAUUAUUCAUAGAAAUCAAAGUAGCAACAUGAAUGAUGUACAUUUUGAUAAAGACCAAAAAAUUGAAGUUAUCGUUGUAGAUAAAUUCAAAAAUUACAAAGAAAAUUCUAUUACAACCUUUUUUAUGCCUAAAUUUAGGGUUCAUCAAACUAGUUUAACUUUCAAUAAUGGACCGUUAUCGUCAAAUAUUUUGUCUCUUUAUGGUCCAAAAGAAGCUUCUAAGCAUAUAAAGAUUGGAUAUUGUAAAUCAGUAUCUUUUAUUAUUUCACCAAUGUCUACUGUUGAAUAUUCAAAGUACGAUAGUACACCUGGAAAUUUAUUUUAUGAAAUUGAAUUUAAUGGUUUAUCAGCAAAUGUCGAUAAUGCUGAUUUGAAAAAUUGUUUUAUUACGGUUACUAAUGAUGAAACAUUGCAAACAGUUACUAUUCCAGUUACAAUUGAAACUGAAAAAUAUGACAGUAAAAUUGAGAGGAAAUUGUUCAUCAUGAGAUUUUUCGUCUUUGACAACAAAACAAUAUUUUGUAUACUUUUUUCUGCUUUUGUUGCAUGUGCUCUUCUUUUAUUUUACAAGUGGAUAUUUGGGAAAACGGAAUAUUCUCCAAUUUAUAUAGAUGAUACUUAUAGAAGCACUAUGUCCCAGAGAGAAAGUUCAAUUAGAUCAGAAAGGAAUUCUUUACUUUCACAUUCAGAAUUAAAUAAUGAAACUUCAGAAUCUUUGGGAAUUCCUCCUUUGCGGACAUCGACACCAUCUAUAAUUAGGAAACCUCAUAUUUAUGAAUCAAUUCAAAAAAUUGGAAGACCAUCAAUUAUUUCUAAACCUAGAGAAGGUUCCCGGUUCAAACUGUAA